CAUACUUAUAAUUUUCAUUAAAAUUAAAAAUAAAAGUGUGAACCAAUAAGUAAAAUUACGAAAUCCAUAAUUUCUGUGUAUAUUACUCCAACUUCUCUCACCCUUCCAUCGUCACUUUUCUCUCUCCUCCUUCGGCCUUUUUUAGAUCUGUAAGAAUUGUGGUUUAGUUGAGUAGUUUUCAGAAUGGGAGGAGGAUUUAGGGUGUUGCAUUUGGUGCGGCCAUUUCUGUCGUUCCUACCAGAGGUACAAACGGCGGAUAGGAAGGUGCCCUUUAGAGAAAAGGUCAUCUACACUGUUAUCUCGUUGUUUAUAUUUCUGGUGUGCAGCCAGCUUCCACUUUAUGGAAUUCACUCAGCAACAGGGGCUGAUCCGUUCUAUUGGAUGCGUGUCAUCCUUGCUUCUAACCGUGGAACUGUUAUGGAGCUCGGUAUCACCCCCAUCGUCACGUCUGGGUUGGUUAUGCAACUCUUGGCUGGGUCUAAGAUUAUUGAAGUUGACAACAAUGUCCGAGAGGAUCGUGCACUUUUGAAUGGUGCACAGAAGUUGUUGGGUAUUCUGAUUGCUAUUGGUGAGGCGGUAGCAUAUGUUCUUUCUGGUAUGUAUGGCAGUGUUGGUCAGCUGGGUGCUGGCAAUGCAAUUCUGAUCAUUCUUCAACUAUGUUUUGCUGGAAUCAUUAUUAUCUGCCUUGAUGAACUUCUUCAAAAGGGAUACGGUCUAGGUUCUGGAAUUUCACUUUUCAUUGCCACCAACAUCUGUGAGAACAUCAUCUGGAAAGCAUUCAGCCCAACCACUAUCAAUUCUGGUCGUGGAGCUGAGUUUGAGGGUGCUGUCAUUGCUUUGUUCCAUCUUUUGAUUACCAGAACUGACAAAGUUCGAGCCCUUCGAGAGGCAUUUUAUCGGCAAAACCUUCCAAAUGUAACCAACUUGCUUGCCACUGUCUUGAUCUUCCUAAUUGUCAUCUACUUCCAAGGUUUCCGUGUUGUUUUGCCUGUGCGAUCAAAGAAUGCACGUGGCCAGCAGGGCUCAUAUCCCAUCAAAUUGUUUUACACCUCAAACAUGCCCAUUAUUCUUCAAUCUGCUCUUGUGUCCAACCUUUACUUCAUCUCACAGUUGUUAUACAGGAAAUUCAGCGGGAACUUCUUUGUAAAUCUGUUGGGCGUGUGGAAGGAUUCAGAAUAUGGUAGUCAAUCUAUCCCAGUUGGUGGUCUUGCUUACUACAUUACUGCCCCUGCGAGCUUGGCAGACAUGGCAGCACAUCCUUUCCAUGCUCUUUUCUAUAUAAUUUUCAUGCUUUCAGCUUGUGCUCUAUUUUCGAAGACAUGGAUUGAGGUUUCUGGAUCAUCUGCUAGGGAUGUGGCUAAGCAGCUCAAGGAGCAAGGAAUGGUUAUGCCUGGACACCGUGAUUCGAACUUGCAGAAGGAACUCAACCGAUAUAUUCCAACUGCUGCUGCUUUUGGAGGAAUAUGCAUUGGUGCAUUGACAGUUUUGGCUGAUUUCAUGGGUGCUAUUGGCUCAGGGACUGGUAUCUUGCUUGCUGUGACAAUCAUUUACCAAUACUUUGAGACAUUUGAGAAGGAGAGAGCAAGUGAACUUGGUUUCCUCGGGCUUUGAGCUCCUUGUCUUAGUUUUGGCUAAUUUUAGGGAACGGAAUUAGGUGAUCCAAUGUUAGAAAUCCCAAGAGUAGAUUUUUCCUCUUCCCCAUGAUCUUGUACGCUGUGUAUUUUGUUUUUCCUUUUGGCCAACAUACUUCAAUUUUAUAGAAUACAGUAAUGCUAAUUUAUGUGCGUUCUAGACA